GCGUAUUAUAUGUAAACAAACCUGUGAGAAUCUUAAUCUAAGAUGGAUGAUUCAAUCUCUCAUGGCUUCCUCUUCAUCCUCUUAUUCAAUUCCAUUAUAUUUAUGAAUGAUGCUUGCGAUCCAAGCGAACGCAAAGCUCUCACGACCUUCUCUCACUCUCUGUCUUCUUCUCCAUUGAACUGGACUACUACUUCAGCUGAUUGUUGCCAGUGGGAAGGCAUCACUUGUGAUCAGGACCUUCACAUCACGCGAUUGCAGUUACCAUUCAAAGGCCUCAAUGGGGGUAUUAUUUCUCCCUCAUCACUUGGAAAUCUCACCCAUCUUACACACCUCAAUCUCUCCCACAACUCACUUUAUGGUUCACUCGAAGCCAGAUUCUUCUUGUCCUUGAAUCGCCUUGAGAUCCUCGACUUGAGCUACAACCGUCUUUCCGGAGAACUCUCACUUUCUCAGCUUCCAAGUAAUGUAGAGAUUGUUGAUUUGUCCAGAAAUCACUUCCAUGGAGAAAUUCCAUCCUUAUUCUUCGGACGUGCUUCAAAUUUGACUAGUUUCAACGUCACGGACAACAGCUUCUCGGGGUCUAUCCCGUCCUCUAUUUGUCUUCGUUUGUCUCCCUCGAUUAGACUAUUCGAUUUCUCCCACAAUGAAUUCAGUGGCAAUAUUUCUCACGGACUAGGUGCGUGUUCCAAACUACAGGUGUUUCGUGCUGGUUACAACAACCUUUCGGGACUUCUUCCGGAUGACAUCUACAAUGCUACCACACUUCAAGAAAUUGCGUUGCCUCGCAAUUCACUACACGGUGCCAUAAGCCAAAGAAUUGUCAACCUCACCAACCUUGCAUUCCUUGACCUCCAGUCCAACGGAUUGAGCGGUUUUCUCCCUGUAAACAUUGGUAAGCUGUCCAAAUUACAACACAUGUUCCUUCAAUUUAACAAUCUAAACGGCUCUCUGCCCCCAUCUUUGAUGAACUGCACAAACCUUAUCAAACUGAAUCUCGGAAUCAACCUUUUUGAAGGAAACAUCUCCACCUUCAAUUUCUCCAAUCUUACUAGACUAACGAUACUUGAUCUUGGCCAUAACAACUUCACCGGUUUCAUGCCAACAAGUCUUUACUCAUGCAAGUCCCUGAAAGCAAUUCGAGUGAGCAAAAACAAUCUAGAGGGACAUAUACAACCCGAGAUUCUUUCACUGGAAUCCUUGUCCUUCCUCUCCCUCAGCUACAGCCGAUUGACAAACAUCACGGGGGCAAUGAAGAUACUAAUGCGCUGCAAAAGUCUCAAGGUACUCAUCCUUUCGACAACUUUUUAUGGAGAGAAAAUUCCCAGUGAUGAAGCAAUGGCUAAUUUCGGCGGGUUCCAAAAUCUUCAAAUGCUAGAUUUGAGUAACUGUCAGCUGAAUGGCGAAAUACCUCAAUGGUUAUCGAAGCUCAAGAAGCUAGGGGUCUUGAUUCUGAGUUUUAACAGAAUCACUGGGUCGAUUCCUAGUUGGUUGGGAGCUCUUCCAAGGCUCUUUGUUUUAGCAUUGGGAGCCAAUCGAAUUUCGGGUGAAUUUCCAAAGGAACUCUGUACACUUCCCAUGUUGUCAUCCGAAGAAACUUCUCCUCAAGCAAACGAUGAUGUUCUCGAAUUGCCUAUCUACACCUCGACCAACACAACAUUUCUGCAGUACAAGUUGUCUUACUUUCCUCGCGUGAUCGACGUGAAGAACAACAGCAUUAGUGGGAGAAUUCCCAUUGAGAUAGGCCAGCUGCAGCUGAUACAAAAGCUGGAUCUUAACAUGAACAACUUUUUGGGCGAAAUCCCAGAGCAAAUAUCCAACCUCAAGAACUUGGAGGAAUUAGACCUUUCCGUGAACCAUUUUUCCGGAAAAAUCCCAUUGUCAUUGGCAAGCCUUAGUUUCUUGAAAUCUUUCAAUGUCUCGUACAAUAGUCUUGAAGGAUCAAUACCGACCGGCACACAGCUUCAAAGCUUCAACGCCUCUGCAUUCGAAGGGAACCCAAAACUUUGCGGCCCCCCACUUCCUAAUGAGUGCUUGUCAAGUAAUGGGAAUGAUGGAGAGAAUAAGAACAGCCAGGAUUUGGACGACGAUGAGGAUCAAAGUCUAUGGAUUGGGUUAUCCGUUGUGCUCGGUUUCGUUGUAGGGUUCUUGGGAUUCUGCUGCCCGUUGCUUCUCAAGAGGACAUGGAGAUACGCAUAUUUCCAGCUCCUAGACAAUGUUCAAUUCAAGCUCUAUCUGAUGCAGAGAAAAUUUAGAAGAAGGAUGAAGAUUAACAAGCAACCCCAAGACCAAGUCCAAGUCUCAAACCAAAGGGGAGAAGUUGAAAGCAGCAGUCAUUGGCACACUGAGAGUGACAGGAAAAAUUGCACAGAAGAUGGAAGCCUCAGUAACUCUUUCAUGGUCGAUCACAAACAGGACUGCUCUACCUCCGUCUUCAGUGAUCCAAUCAAAGAAGAAAUACAUAGUAUCAGCUGAGCAGCUCUUUUAUUUUAUCUUUUAUUUCCGGUUAGGGAUGUCGUUCUUUUGAUACGACCGGAGUGAGAAAAUCAAACACAGAAUUUCAGAUGUACACUAUUAGACCAAAAAUAAAGUUGUAGAACAGAAUUUUUAAAAUCUUUUUAAUGU